AAUAAAAGAAUCAAAAGCAGGAAUCAAAAAUAUCAAAUGAUAGCGCUUACUUUCCUCCACUGCUUCUACUUCAUUAUCUUGAAGGAAUGCCAACUCCUCCCAACACCCAGACCAAGAACACUCGCCCACACACUCCUCUCGUGGGUUUUGUAUUUUCACUUCAACAGGAUAGUUCCCAAGUUGAAUUCCCACUUCAUCUUCCUCUUACUUUUACAAAUUCCAAAAUCAGUUGAUUACAUACAGCAAUAUUGCUUCUGGGUUUUAUGGCUUCUCUCAAAAUUUCCAUUUGUUUGGAUGCAUUUGAUUCAAAAAGGUCCAGUUCCAAGGUAAGCUCUCGCUAUCUUCAUGUGACUAGAGCUUGUAUAGUGAAUUCUCUGAACAGGGUCAGUCACGCUUCACGGUUCCGUUCUGAAUUGUCUGACAUUUCGGAGCUGAAUCUAAUUAAUGAUGAGACCACUUUGUCUAGGAAUAAUGAUUUAGUACAUGAGAGUCUUGUUGAGCAAAACAGAAACUUUAGACGCCAAGAAGAGAACAGGUUUUGUAGUGUAAAGAAAGAGGCUAAAAGAGAUGUGGGUUCGAAAUUUAGUUUGAAAAGGAAUAAGUGGGAAAGGGAAUUAGAGGUUUUGUUUGUAAAUGAUGGUGAAAUGGAUGUUAAUUACUCUGUUAUUGGGUCUGACUUGAGCUUGGAGCAUUGUAAUGCUAUCUUGAAGCGGCUUGAAAGGUUUAGUGAUAGCAAAGCUCUCAAAUUCUUUCAGUGGAUGAGAAGUAGCGGAAAGUUACUGGGCAAUGUGAGUGCUUAUAAUUUAGUUUUUCGAGUGCUGGGCCGACGAGAAGAUUGGGAUGAAGCUGAGAGGAUGUUUAGGGAAGUGAGUACUGAUUUGAGUUGCGAGCUGAAUUAUCAGAUUUUUAACACCCUUAUUUAUGCAUGUUGUAAAUUUAGGCGUGUUGAGUUGGGAGCCAAGUGGUUUAGGAUGAUGCUGGAACAUGGGGUUGAGCCAAAUAUUGCAACGUUUGGUAUGCUUAUGGGACUUUAUCAGAAGGGUUGGAAUGUUGAGGAAGCAGAGUUUACUUUUUCCCAAAUGAGGAAUUUUGGAAUUGUUUGUCAUUCUGCAUACUCAGCGAUGAUAACCAUUUAUACCCGUUUGAAUUUAUAUGAAAAAGCAGAAGAGGUUAUAGACUUCAUGAGAGAAGAUAAAGUGAUAAUGAAUUUGGAUAAUCAGUUGGUAAUGCUCAAUGCUUAUUGCCAGCAGGGCAAAUUAGAUGAGGCUGAACUUGUAUUGGUCUCAAUGCAAAAAGAUGGUUUUGCACCCAAUAUUGUUGCAUACAACACAUUGAUAACUGGGUAUGGGAAGGCAUCCAAGAUGGAUGCUGCUCAACGGCUAUUUGCAUGCAUUGAGAAUGUUGGUUUGGAACCUGAUGAAGCAACUUACCGCUCCAUGGUUGAAGGUUGGGGUCGAGCCAACAAUUAUAAAGAGGCAUUUGGGUUCUAUCAGAAGCUCAAGCAGUUAGGAUACAAGCCUAACUCAUCCAACCUGUACACACUCAUAAACUUGCAAGCCAAACAUGAGGAUGAGGAGGGUGCUAUCAACACUCUUGAUGAUAUGCGGAUGAUUGGAUGCCAGUAUUCCUCCAUUCUUGGAACUCUUCUGCAAGCAUACGAGAGGGCUGGAAGGAUUGAUAAAGUUCCUUUCCUUUUGAAGGGUUCUUUUUAUCAGCACAUUCUUGUCAACCAGAAUUCUUGCUCCAUUCUUGUCAUGGCUUAUGUGAAACACUGCUUGGUGGAUGAAGCUAUCAAAGUGAUGAGGGACAAAGAAUGGAAGGAUCCACAUUUUGAGGACAACUUAUAUCAUUUAUUAAUUUGCUCAUGUAAAGAGUUGGGUUAUCUUGAAAAUGCUGUAAAAGUAUACUCUCAUAUGCCAAAAUAUACCGACAAGCCAAACAUGCACAUUACGUGCACAAUGAUUGACAUUUAUAGUGUCAUGGGUCUAUUCAAAGAAGCAGAGAAACUAUAUCUGGAGUUGAAAUCUUCGGGAAUUGCCUUGGACAUGAUUGGCUUUAGCAUUGUUCUAAGAAUGUAUGUAAAAGCAGGAUCUUUGAAUGAUGCUUGUGCAGUUCUAGAUGCAAUGGACAAACAAAAGGGUAUUGCUCCAGACAUUUAUCUGUUCCGCGACAUGCUCCGUAUAUAUCAACGGUGUGCUAUGCAUGAUAAGUUAUCAGAUCUGUACUAUAAAAUUUUGAAGAGUGGAGUGGAUUGGGAUCAGGAAAUGUACAAUUGUGUCAUAAACUGCUGUGCUCAUGCUUUGCCAAUUGAUGAGAUUUCCAGGCUUUUUGAUGCGAUGAUUCAACGUGGUUUUGUUCCUAAUACAAUUACCUUCAAUGUCAUGCUUGAUCUUUAUGGAAAAUCCAAGCUUUUCAAGAAGGCUAGGAAGUUGUUCUGUAUGGCGCAAAAAUGGGGCUUGGAUGAUGUGAUCUCUUACAAUACUAUGAUAGCUGCGUAUGGGCGAAAUAAAGAGUUUGAACAGAUGUCCUCAACAGUUCAAACAAUGCAAUUUAAAGGAUUUUCAGUUUCCCUUGAGGCAUACAAUUCUAUGUUGGAUGCUUAUGGGAAAGAGAACCAAAUGGAGAAUUUUAGAAAUGUCUUGCGGAAAAUGAAGGAGUCAAGUUGUACUUCUGACCAUUACACGUACAAUAUUAUGAUCAAUAUUUAUGGACAACAAGGAUGGAUUGAUGAAGUUGCUGGCAUUCUCACAGAAUUGAAAGAAAGCGGACUCAAACCUGAUCUUUUUAGCUAUAACACCUUGAUUAAAGCAUAUGGAGUUGCAGGAAUGGUUGAAGAUGCCGUAUGUCUAGUCAAGGAAAUGAGAGAAAAUGGCAUUGAACCUGAUAGAAUAACCUAUGUUAAUCUGAUUAAUGCAUUGAGGAAGAAUGAUGAAUUUCUAGAGGCAGUUAAGUGGUCCUUAUGGAUGAAGCAGAUGGGAAUGUAGACUUUGCAAGGCCGACACUCAUUAUUUCUGCCUUUUCACUUUCGAGCCUUGCCACAUAAAUUCAGCCUGACUUCAGAUUUUUCACUUUCGAGCCUUGCCACAUAAAUUCAGCCUGACUUCAGAUUUGUCUCCAUCUCUUCAUGGCUGAAUGGUUCUGCUAUUUCUUUCAAAGAUAGACCUCUCAUUUUCCAAUGCUGGUAAGUCUCUGAGUCCACAUGUUCUGGACAAUCAAGUAAACCCGCAGUUCUGGAAAUUAGUUGGUAAUUAUUUAAUGGUGGAUAGAGGAUCAUGAAGGAUUAUCUGGUGAAAUUCAAAGAGAAACACUGGAAGUUUUGCUUAUUGAAGAGUGGUACCAAAGGUGAAGCUCUCGCGAGUCAAUUUGCAGACACUAAAAUGCCAAACCAAGGAGAGUCUUCCUGCAAUUUCGUUUGCAAGUAAAUAAUAUCGGGACACUUACCUUCUAUGUUCAUCACAACUCAAUGUGUUGAAAAGAUUCCAGUCCUGUUUGUGUUUUCCUGCUAAAGUGUGGUAACCUAUUGUAGGAGCAUUAUUACAUUUCCUUGUUGAGUUGGAAUGUUGUUUAUUUUUGUAUGAAUAUUUAUGCUUACAAAAGUAAAAUUCGUUGCUCUUUUCACGUUCAGUAGAAAA